AUGCCAGCUGCCGCAUAUGGCGGAGCCACGUCAUCGUUGUCCACAUCACCAGUUCCCAGUCAAACAGACGGCCUUUCUGACGUCAGUCCUGCUGGCAUUGACGUCACUGGAACUCGUUCGAACCCCUCAUCCACACCAAACCUCUCCCGAACCUCCACCGGACCUUCUCUUUCCCGAACCUCCACCGGACCUCCGCUCUCCCAAACCUCCACCGGACCUCCACUCUCCCGAACCUCCACCGGACCUCCUCACUCCCGAGUCUCUAGCGGGGGCUUGAGCAGCAGCAGCUGGACCGGCGUGGUGCCUUGGGACUGGCCGGAAUCGCUAGCGCCGGCUUUUGUUGCGGGAGCAGCGGGCGGCGGAGGUGCGGCAUGGGGGGCAGCGGGUGGGGGAGGCGGAGCAUGGGGGGCAGCGGGUGGGGGAGGCGGAGCAUGGGGGGCAGGGGGUGGGGGAGGUGGAGCAUGGGGGGGAACGGGUGCGGGAAACGGGGCGACGGGAGGAGGUGGCGUGGGAGAGGGCACGCAGCAGCAGGGGGGCGUACCGGGCAAACCAGCCCUGGGAAUGCACCCUGGCCUGGGUAGCUUGUUUGGCGGGACUGCUGCUGGAGGGUUGGGCAGAUGGGGAGGCCUAGGUGCCUACAGCGGAGGGGGAGGAGCAGUGGGAGCAGGCGGAGCGGGAGGAGCAGUGGGAGCGGUAGAGGCAGGCGCGGUGGCAGCAGGGGCAGGUGGGAUUGGAACCGGUACAGAGGCAGGCGGAUCAGGCCGUUACUCCUUCCUCGCAGCUUCCUCCACAUCCCCCCCUACCAUCACCCGCUCGCUCACCGACCCCCGCAUCUUCGCCCCCCGCCAGGCCCCUUGGCACGCCCCCGCGCUCUCCCCCUUUCCCGCUUCCCCCUUCCCCCCACCUCCCCCUUCCGCCUACUCCCCGCCUCCCCCGUCCGCGUCCCCGCUGGGCUUCCCCCUGCCGUCCGCGGACCCCCUGUCCCCGCUGGGGGGGGCGGGCGCGGACCUGCUGCUGUCCCCCACGCGGCCGCUGCCGGUGUGCCCGGCCAAGGGGCAGUGGGUGCGCGGCAGCCAGAUCGGCGCUGGGGGCUUCGGCAGGGUGUUUCAGUGCGUGAGGUGA